AUUGGAAGUGAGAGAAAGUAAAGAAGAAAGAGCCAACCAAGAAAAGAAAGGAACUUCCUUUUUCAAAAAGAGAGAGAGAGUUGUUUGGUUCCUCGGAAUCCAUCUCUCUUUCUCGAGAAAAUAAUCACUACCCACAAACAAAAAUCCCAUACCCCCAAAAUAUAAACAAAAAAGACUCAAACUUUACCGGACACCAGAUAGAUUUGAGUUCAAAUUUCAAUUCUUUUUGAAAAAUUCAAAUUUGGUUUAAGAAAACCAAAAUUAUGGAGUUGGAGAGUAUUGAGUGUGUGUCAUCAUCAGAGGGAUUAUUAGAUGAAGAUGAGAUCCAAAGCCAUCCAAAUUUGCAUAAUCAUAAUAAUUAUAAUCAUCAUCAUCACCACAACCAAUUUUCAAAGGCUCACAAUGCAACACCAAAUAAUAAUGGUGGCAGCAAUAAUAGCAAUGGUAAUAGUGGUAUCAGCAAUGGUGUGGGUGGGGCAACAGGGAUGGCUCCUGCUACAAGUGUUCAUGAGUUGCUUGAAUGUCCUGUUUGUACUAAUUCAAUGUAUCCUCCAAUUCAUCAGUGUCAUAACGGGCACACUUUGUGUUCCACCUGUAAAACAAGGGUACACAACAGGUGCCCUACUUGUAGACAAGAGCUCGGGGAUAUUCGAUGCUUAGCACUGGAGAAGGUCGCUGAGUCGCUUGAAUUGCCCUGCAAAUUUUACAAUUUGGGGUGCCCAGAGAUAUUUCCAUACUACAGUAAACUCAAACACGAGGGACUUUGCAACUUCAGACCUUAUACUUGCCCUUAUGCUGGAUCAGAAUGCUCAGUUGUUGGUGAUAAUUCUUUCCUAGUUGCUCAUUUGAGGGACGAUCACAAGGUGGACAUGCACACAGGAUGUACGUUUAAUCAUCGCUAUGUGAAGUCAAAUCCCCGCGAGGUGGAGAAUGCAACUUGGAUGUUGACGGUCUUCCAUUGUUUUGGUCAAUAUUUUUGCCUUCACUUUGAAGCCUUCCAACUCGGUAUGGCACCUGUAUAUAUGGCAUUCCUUCGUUUCAUGGGUGAUGAGUCUGAGGCUCGUAACUAUAGCUACAGCCUCGAGGUUGGUGCGAACGGCAGGAAACUUAUUUGGGAAGGCACGCCGCGAAGUAUCAGAGAUAGCCAUAGGAAGGUAAGGGAUAGUCAUGAUGGUUUAAUCAUUCAAAGAAAUAUGGCACUUUUCUUUUCCGGUGGCGACCGGAAGGAACUUAAGCUUAGAGUUACGGGGCGGAUAUGGAAGGAACAACAAAAUUCAGAAGCUGGUGUGUGCAUACCAAACCUGUGUAGCUAGCUAAAAGAAGGUGAUUUUGAUAGAGAUUUUUAAGAUUUGUGUGUGGGACUGUGUUUUUGUGUUUUAUGUAUACCGCCCAUCCUGUCCUGGUAUGCUGUGAUUGAUGGUUGUAUUUUUUUCCACAACUUGUAUAAAUAAACAGCUUUUCUUUUU